UCAGUACAACUGGGUAGUUUCAGUUGUUAAAACAUAAAUUCGAAUUUAAAGAAAAUAAAAAGAAAGUAACGAAUUAAAAAAUGAUGAGUUCAAAAUUAAUAAUUUUGACUACAGCAGUUGUACUGUUAGCAUUGGCCACUCAAUCGAAUGCAGGUCUAUUGUCUUGGUUCGGUGGAGGAUCGAAAAACAAAUUGGACAUUGACGUCGGUAUCAACAUUCAAGGAAACUCAGGCAAUAAUGGAAACCAAGGCAAUAAUGGAAACCAAGGCAAUAAUGGAAACCAAGGCUUUUUGAAUUCAUUGAAAGACAAAGUGACCAAUGGAAUAUCGGCUGCCGGAAAUGCUGUACAUAAUGCUGGAAGCAAUAUUGUUGGAGGAGUGACUUCAACAGUAGCAACAGCAGCAAAUGCUGCAGCUAACGGUGUCCAAAACGUUGCUAAUGGAGUAGGUUCUGCUGUUAGUACUGUCGCAAAUGGAGUAGGUUCUGCUGUUGGCAAUGUCGCAAAUGGAGUAGGUACUGCCGUUGGUAAUGUCGCAGGUGGUGUAGGUUCUGUUGUUAGUAAUGUCGCAAAUGGAGUGGCUUCAGGAGUUGCCAAUAUCGGCCAAGGAGCUAACUCAGGCAUUAAUGCUGAUGUUCAAAUCGGAGGUAAUCAAGGAGUUGGUUCAGCUUGGAACAACGGUGCAAACUCAAUUCUAAAUGCAAACUUACAAAUCGGAGGUAAUUCAGGUGGAAGUUCUCAAAGCGGAUCAUCAAAUCUUUGGCAAGGAGCAAGCGCAGCUCUUAACAACGCUGCUAAUGUAGGCGUUAAUGUAGCUGGUAAUAUUCAAAACGGAGCUUCAAAUUUGGUUCAAGGAGCAAGCGCAGCUCUUAACAACGCUGCUAAUGUAGGCGUUAAUGUAGCUGGUAAUAUUCAAAACGGAGCUUCAAAUUUGGCCCAAGGAUUAGGCUCAGGCAUUAAUGCAGAUAUUCAAAUCGGAGGUAAUUCCGGUGUAAGUUCAUCAAAUCUUUUGCAAGGAGGAAACUCAGCUUUAAAUAUUAAUCUUGGUGUUAAUUCUCAAAACGGAGGUGGAAAUGCUCAAAGCGGUUCUCAAGGAUCAGGCAUCGUAGGAAACUUGGCUGGCUCAGUCGCUAAUGUUGUUGACAAUGUUGCCGAUGUAGCAGGUAAUUUGGUUGGAGGUGUAGUUAACACCGCUGCUAAUGUUGUAGCUGGAGCAGGUAAUGUGGUUGGAGGCGUAGCUAACGCAGCUGUUAAUACCGUCGAUAAUGUUGCUAAUGCAGCAGGUAAUUUGGCUGAAGGUGUAGUUGACACCGCUGCUAAUGCUGUUAAUACAGUAGCUAAUGUAGCUGAAGGUGUUGCUGACGCAGCUGUUAACACCGUUGCUAAUGUUGCUGUUGGAGCAGGUAAUGUGGUUGGAGGCGUUGCUGACGCAGCUGUUAAUGCCGUCGAUAAUGUUGCCAAUGCAGCAGGUAAUUUGGCUGGAGGCGCAGUUAACACAGUUGUUGGUGCCGCUUCUAACAUUGUUAAUACCGCCGGCAAUUUGGUUGGAGAUGUAGCAUCUACAGUUGGUGGUGUUGCUGAAGAUAUUGUUAAUACUGCAACAAACACAGGUGCAGGUGGUGCAAAUAUUAAUAUUGGUAUCAAUGCUAACAACGGUCCUCAAACGACCUCAACAACAUCCACAACUACUACCAAUAACCAACAAUCAGGCCUUCUUAAUGUUGAUAUAAACGCUGGACAAAGUGGAAUUCAAACAUCUGAACAAUCCGGCAAUAACUUCAACCAAGGAAGUUCUUCUUUAAGUGGACAAGGUUCCCUUACCAUUGGUGUUAAUGGUGGACAGACAGGAAGUCAAACAUUUGAACAAUCAAGCACUAACUUCGAUCAAGGUAGUUCUUCUAUCAAUGGACAAGGACAAGAAGAUCAAACAUCUCAACAAUGGAGCAAUAAUUUCAGCCAAGGAGGUUCUGGUGCACAAGGUACAAUUAACAUUGUUGUUACCUCUGGACAAACAGGAAGUCAAGCAUCUCCAAUUAUUGAAUCCCAACAAUCAAGCAACACUUUCACUCAAGAAAAUUCAGGUGGAUCAGGGUCAUUCCAAAUUUCUGGACCAAUCGUUUAUGAAUUUGGACAUUCCAAUGGUGCAUCUGAAUCACAAACUGGCAACAUGAAUGGUGGAACUCAAUCAUUCUCAACAACUUAUGAAACUACUUUUAAUCAAGUUUAAAGCAGUUCUUCAACCAAAUAAGACUUAGAAAGUGUCUUAAACAAUCAUAACACCUUCUCGAAAAAUGUAUUUUUUUCUAAUAUUUUGUAAACGAAUAAUUGAAAUGGAAAAAUUAUUAAAAUUUCGAUAGUUCAUGUAAAUCAAAAACGAACGCAAAAUAAAGAUGUGAAGUUCUUUAAAAAAAA